CAUCUUCUUCCAGUUCUGCACCCCUUCUUGUUUGAAAAAAGUUGCACUUGAAACUAUUGGAAUUUGCCAAUUCGUUUUUCUCGGAUAAAAUCCUUGCAUUUCCUGCUGGCCAAUUCCGCCAAUAUCGGGCACAUCGCAGGCGGAACCAUCUCGGGCAGAAGUGCUACGUAAAAAUGAUCUUCAGUCCCCGUUUGGUACGGUGAAAUCAAACGAAAACAGGAUCGUCACUACACGGGAGAAGGUUUUGUUCGUACACGCAAAAAGUGUCAGCAGCGAAAGUUUCAUUGCGAAGCGAUUUCGGUGAUUUUUGGAAGGUUGCGGAAAUUAAUAACUAAAAGGAGAUGGCCAGUCCAAGGACGAGACGAGUUUUGAGCGAUUUGAAGCCCAACAACGAAAAUAAUAAAUGCUUUGAAUGUGGAACUCACAACCCCCAGUGGGUAUCGGUAACGUACGGAAUCUGGAUCUGCUUGGAAUGUUCCGGAAAGCAUCGCGGUCUCGGAGUGCACUUGUCCUUCGUUCGGUCCGUUUCGAUGGACAAGUGGAAGGAUGUCGAGCUGGAAAAGAUGAAAGUCGGCGGCAAUCGGAACGCCCGGACAUUCUUCGACGCGCAGGAUGAUUGGGAUGACACGCUACCGAUAACGAAGAAGUACAACACUCGUGCCGCAGCCUUAUAUCGGGACAAAAUUUCCACACUGGCCCAGGGCAAGCCUUGGGACCAGGCUUCGGCCAUGGCAAGGAUAAAGGACAGUGGAUUUUCGUCCACGUCUUCUGCACAUUCCAAUAGUAGUGCCAGCAACGGCAUGCACCAUUCGAGAAGCAGUGGCUCGAUGCAAUCCAGCGGGUAUUCUUCGUCAUCGUCCACCGGGGGAUACCAGAAUGGGGGAGGUUAUCAAGAUACGAGCUAUCAGCAGUUCAACACGGCUGAAUUCAAAUCGCAGAAGGAGGAUUUUUUCAGCCGCAAACAGGAAGAGAACGCUUCCCGGCCGGAGAACUUGCCACCGAAUCAGGGCGGGAAGUAUGCCGGAUUUGGGUACUCGAGAGAUCCGCCCCCAAGGAGCCAAUCGCAUGAGCUGUUUGAUACGGUGCAAUCAUCGCUCGCUAGCGGUUGGAGCGUCUUUUCGAAGGUGGCCAACGUAGCGAAGGAAAAUGCCCUCAAAUACGGAAGUUUGGCUUCACAAAAGGUAGUUGAAGUUUCUGGCACUGUUACUGAUAAGGUUAGAGAAGGUACACUCCUGGAAGGAGUUGGUUCGCAGGUAACAAAUUUGGCUAGUAAGGUUGGCGACGUUGGUCGCAAAGGCUGGGGUAAUUUUGGCGGUGCCGGUAAUUACAACACACCUGGAGGAAAUGAUCAAUACAACAACUUCCCAUCGGAUAACGGAUCCGGCGGUUAUCAACGGUCGUCUUCUAACGGAAAACUUAGCGGAUACAGUGGUAAUGGUGGCGGCAGUAGCAACGAUUGGAAUUCCUGGAACAAUGACAAUAAUUCGAAUGCAACAAAGUCAUAUCAAAAUACCACUACCGAUGAGGACGACGGUUGGUCCGGAUUCGAAUCCCACAUGACCACGACGUCCAAGAGCGAUGGCGGUUAUCAGAAUGCUUCCCUGAGUGCCGCAUCGACAGCCACAACGAGUGAUUUUCGGAACCAGAACACGACGUCCACUUCCACCAGCCAUCAACAGCAGAUGAGAUCCAGCUCCAGCCGGAGCAGCUUGAAGAUGAAGCAAAAUGCUAGCCUGGAGAGCGACUUUUCUGCAUUGGACAUCAAGAGCAAAACUGCCCCAGCGGUGUCCACUGGUAAGAAGAACAACAACGCUGAGGACGAUCUGUGGAACAUGCUGAACAACUAGAAUCUUCUACGAGGACCUUCGUGACCACCGGACUGGUUGGGUGGCCACGAAUGCUGGUCAACAUGCCGAUGAUAUUUUAUUUCUUUUGAAUUGAGUUUUUAGCAUUUGAAGUUAAAAGAGUCUAUGCCGUACGUACAUUAUAAUCCUUUUCCCUGUAUCUAUUCCUGGAGUCUUUUUUCCUGUUUUAGAAAGAAUCAAGAGAAACUUAAUCACUGAAAGCAAAGUAUUUAGCAGAAUACAGUUAGCAAAAAGUUUAUUAUGAGAACCAAUCUUAAACGAAUGAAUAUAAAUAUAUAUACAAGAAAGAAGGGAAAAAUAGAAAAAAGAAGGAAAACUAUAGCAGCCGUCGUCCAAUACAUAUAUAUCACAAUAAGCUACGAAAAAAUAGAACGACAGUAUAAAUCAAUUAUAUGAACCUGAGAAAGGUAAUGUUACUGUGGUAAUCUGAGCAUGCAAUCUAUAUUAUAUGUGCAACCUGAAAA